AUGAUGAGUUUAUAUAAGCAAGACGAAUUACAAGAAUUUUAUAAGACAUUACAACAUGUCUCUCAAGAAACUUCACUUAGUGUUUUAUCAAUAGCUGAUUUAUUACAAGAAAAACUUGCAUUUCUAACGGGUGGUAUAAGUCAUAAUUGUCCAAUUCUUACAUUUCCUGAUAAUACUCAAAUUGAAUUAACACAAGAAAAAUAUAAAAAACUUAUUUCUUAUUUAACACAAAUACCAAGUGAAGAUGAACGUCAAUGUGGUUUUAUUCUUAUUAUUGAUCGACGAUCAAAUACAUGGAAUGCUGUUAAAUCUAUUAUCAGCUAUAUAGAGAAUUAUUUUCCAUAUUCAAUUCAAUGUAUAUAUCUUCUUCGACCAAAUUCAUGGAUGCAACGAGCUCUAUCACAUUUAACAAUAUUAAAUGAUAUAACUUAUUCAUAUCGUUUAAUUAUUUGUCGAACAUUAUCUGAACUUCAUGAAUAUAUAGAUGUAAGUCAAUUAUCAAAAGAUUUAAAUGGUUUAAUAAAUUUUCGUUUAUUUGAAUGGAUUGAACAAAGAAUAAUUAUUGAAAAAUUAACUCAAUCAAUAUAUGAAUUAAAUGAAAUAUUAUUUAUAUUUAUAAAAGAAUGUUAUGAAAUUGAAUUUCCUAAUACAGUUGAAUCAAUACAACAAAUACUUAAUCAACAUUUAAUACAAAAAAAUGAAUUUAAUCAAGAAUUACAACGUAUUAAAACGUGGGGUCAUUCACUAUUAUGUAUUAUACACCAAGAAUAUAAACAGUCUUCGACAUCUCAUAAUAACAUCAUUGACAAGAAUAAUGAUAUACAACAUCUUGUUCUAUCACCAGAUCAAUCGACGCAUGCUCGUGCUUGUAUAACUGCUUUAAUACAUAUUGAUCGUAUCGAAUCUAUUCAUACACAAUUUUGGUCUUUACAUAAAACACGUUUAAAUCAUUGUCUUAUAUUACGUCAUUUUGAACAACGUUUUAAAGAGAUACAAAUUAUUUUUAUACAAUUGUAUAAUGAAAUCAUUGAGUUACCUGAUAUAAAUAUAAAUUUAUUUCUAUUUGAUUCUUGUCAAUUUGAUAAUAAAAAUAAUAAUCAUAAAGAAAAAAUCGAUCAAACAUUAAAUCAACUUGAUGACCUUUCACAACGAAUACAAACAAUGAUCAGUCAUGCUAAUCAAUUGGCAAAUGAUGGUCUUACUCUAAUUAUGGAACAACAAACUAUAUCCUAUAGUAAUGAUUCAAUUGAACCAAAACGUCAAGAAUUAGAAGAUAUGAAAAAAAAAUUAAUUGAACAAAUUGAUGAAAAACGACAUAAUUUAAAAUUAUUAAAAUUAUAUAUUGAUAAACUUGGAUCUAUAAACGAUUGGUGUAUACGUGGUAAAGACAUGUUGGCAAUGCAUUCAAUUCAUUUAUCGAAUGAUAAAGCUAGUCGAUCUCUAAAUGAACUUGAACAUUUUCUCAAUGAUUUAUCUAUAAUGAAUAUCGAAGAAUUACAACAUAAAUCAACACCGGAACCACUUCGUUCAAUGAUAAUUCAAGUAUUUAGUCGUGUUAAUGAUAUUCGAGAUUUAUGUGAAAAACGAUGUGAACAACUUCGUCAUCUAGUUAGAUCUUCUUAUCGACCGAUACAAUGUGUUCUUCCAUUACCAUUUCAACAAAAUGAAUCAUUUAAUUUAAUUGAUACAACCAUAACACCAUUUUCACAACAACAACAACAACAACAAACAAAUGAACAUAUUUCAAAAUUUGAUAUGGAUUCUAAUCGUUUAUUAUUAUCAUCAAAUAAUGAGUCGAUUAUAAAUCAUAAUACAAAAAUGGAUAAAAAACAAAGACAUGUUGUAACAGAACUUUUAGUUACUGAACAAGUCUAUGUAGAAGAAUUACGUAGUGUAAUCGAGGGUUAUAUGAUUAAAUUUGAUGAUUCAGAACAAAAUCGUUUUUUACCUCUAAUAAUAUUACAAAAUAAAUCUAUACUCUUUUCUAAUUUACCUGAUAUUUAUGCAUUUCAUGCUACAUCAUUUCUUCGUGAUCUUCAACAAAUUUAUAAUGAUUCAUUAUUAAUUAAUACAUGUUCAAUUGGAAGUGCUAUUGCUUCAUGUUUUAUUAAACGAAAAUCAAAUUUUAAAUUAUAUGAACAAUAUGUUCUUAAUAAAUCUCAAUCCGAACAUAUAUGGGAACAAUAUUGUUGUGGAAAUUCAUUUUUUACAAAAAUUCAACAAUCUCUUGGACAUCGUCUUCCACUAGAUUCUUAUUUAUUAAAACCUAUUCAACGAAUAACACAUUAUCAACUUUUACUUAAAGAAAUGAUUAAAUAUACACGUCAUGAACAAGAACGUAUACAUUUACAAGAAGCUCUUUAUGUUAUGUUAAAUAUUUUAUCACAUCUUAAUGAUGUUAUGCAUUCAACACAAAUUGUUGGUUGUCCUAAUCAUUUAUAUACAUUGGGUCAAAUACGUUUACGUGGUGAAAAUUGUUUAAUAUCAAAAGAAAAACGUCGCGGUACAGUUUAUACACGUACAAAAACAAGUACAAGAGAUAUAUUUUUAUUUGAACGUGUUAUAUUGUUAUGUAAGAAAAAAGAUGAAGGAAAUGGAAAAUCUCUUCAAUAUCAAUUUAAAGAAAUGAUUCAAAUUACUGAUAUUGCUGUUUGUACAUAUCCAAAAAAUGAUCGAAAAAAAUUUGAAAUUCUACUCAAAGAUUAUUCAUAUAUUAUACAACUUUCAUCAAAUGGAGAAACAAUUGAAGAAAUGAAUUCACGUUGGAUUGAUACAAUUAAAAAUUGUAUUACACAACAAAACGAACAACGUCGAGAAAAGAAUUUUUCAGUUCUAGAACAAUCAGUACUUAAUGCUUCUGCAUGA